AAAUGGAGCCUCUCACAACUACUUAUCCUCUGAAAUACUCAGUGCCCAAAGCCAGGGUCUUUGUAGUCUUUCUGUCGAUGGUUUUGUGUACCGCCGUUCUCUGCCUGCUGCAACUCAGAUUUUUUAAACCUAAAAUCAAAGAUUUUUAUUCUUUCGAAGUCAAGGAUUCACGAGGAAGGAUUGUUUCCUUGGAGAAGUACAGAGGGAAAGCAACUCUGGUUGUAAACGUGGCCAGUUACUGCCAACACACAGACAAAAAUUACAUCGCACUGCAAGAACUACACAGAGAGUUUGGUCCCUCCCACUUCACUGUGCUGGCUUUUCCCUGCAACCAGUUCGGAGAAUCAGAGCCUAGUUCAAGCCAGGAAAUAGAAUCUUUUGCCAAAGGAAACUAUGGAGUAACCUUCCCUGUUUUCCACAAAAUCAAGAUCCUAGGAUCAGAAGCAGAGCCUGCCUUUAAAUUUCUAAUAG